AUGUCUCUCAAAUCUAGGCUUCGGCCAUUUGAAUAUUUUGAGGUCUCUUUUCCUGAUGACCACAUCAUUCAAGUCACCAUAAACAGGCCGGAUAAACUGAAUUGCAUCAAUAAGUCCACCAGCCAAGAGAUUGCGGAUAUAUGGCGGCAAUUUGACCAAGAUAAGACCUUAUGGGUUGGCAUCAUUACAGGAAAUGGAAGAGCUUUUUGCACCGGAGCCGACCUACAGGAAUGGAACGAGAUGAACAAGAAAGGGAUAUUCAACGAUAUGGCUGCCCCCGGUCUUGCCGGCCUUCCACGUCGGGAUGGGAAAAAACCCAUCAUAGCGGCUGUGAAUGGCUUAUGCAUGGGAGGUGGGUUUGAGAUGGUGGCAAACUGCGACAUGGUGCUUGCUUCGUCUUCAGCAAUUUUCUCGCUGCCCGAAAUAAAGCGAGGCAUCGUCCCGGUCGCUGGAUGUCUGCCGCGACUAACACGGACUCUUGGCCUGCAGCGGACCUUGGAUCUUGUCCUGACCGGCAGAAGUGUGAGCGCGAAGACGCUGCAUGAAUGGGGUCUUGUCUCUCAGCUGGUGGAUACAUCAGAAGAUGUGGCUCGUGCCGCGAUCCGACUUGCGCGAGAAAUGUGCAAGAACAGCCCGGAUUCUCUGAUCAUUGGCCGUCUAGGUGCUCGGCUAAGUUGGGAAGUGGGCAGCGUAGAGGAGGCUGUAUCGAUGCUGGCCAACGAGUGGUAUCCUCGUCUGGUCAACGGUCCUAACUUUGCCGAAGGAAUCCGGGCGUUUGUAGAGAAGCGGGAGCCAAAGUGGGUUGCGUCCAAGCUGUGA